AUGAGCUCCCGCUUUAUUACCGUCCUUGGCGGCGGCCUCUCCGGCCUCUCCGCUGUUUUCCAUCUCGCAAGACGCUUCCCGGCGCGUUCUGGAAUACGCAUAGCUCUCGUCGAAAGCUCGCAAAGGUUAGGUGGAUGGGUGCAGUCGGAAAAAGUGCGCGUGCAAGAUGGAGCAGGCCACGAAGCGGACGUGGUGCUCGAGAGCGGUCCACGGACUUUACGUCCUGUAUCGAAGGCAGUCUUGGAACUGGUCCACUUGCUUGCCCUCAAGUCCUCUGUCCUCACCGUCCCUCGGACCGCACCCGCCGCGCGCAAUCGCUUCGUGCAUCUCCCCGGUCAGGAUGGACUUGCGGUCAUACCUGGCUCGUUCCUUGCGCUCCUUCGUUCCCCUCUUGCGAAGAUACUGGUUCCGGCUGUGCUCAAGGAUGCUCGAUUAUUCUCCGGGACAGUGCCAAGUCUCUCAUGCCCGUCAGUCUUGAAUACGUCCACCCCCAAUGACGAGUCUGUCGACGCAUUCCUUACCCGCCAUUUCGGAGCCGACUUCGCGCAGACGUUCGGCAGUGCGCUCGUACACGGUAUCUACGCUGCAGAUUCUCGUGUCUUGAGCGUGCGCUCCGCAUUCUCUGCGAUGUGCCAGCUCGAGGAAAGCGGCAAGGGUAGCGUAACUCGUGGGGCCGUCAGCGAGAUGCUGACUUCUCGGAAGCGUGACAUUAGGGGUUCGGCGGAUGCAGGGCCUUACGAGCUCGGGGACAUCCCCGAGCUUUUGAAGGGCACCAGCGUGUUCUCAUUUCAGGACGGGAUGCAAAUCCUGACCGAUACUGUAGUGGCUCGCCUCGCCGCACUGCCCCACGUUGACAUCGUGAAGGGCGACGGCGUAAUGGAGCUAAGUAAGGCCACUGACGAAGGAGGAUUUGAGGUCGCGACCGAGUCAGGGAAGCGACUGCCAUCGUCGCACAUAGUCAGCGCGAUCCCCCUGCCGCAUCUACACCGGCUGCUAUCUACGCCCAAUUACCCGCAGUCUGGCCUUGCACCGCUUCCGCACCUCACCGUCAACCCCUCCUCAUCUGUUACUGUCGUGAAUCUGGUCUUUCCACCAACAGCAGACCCCAUCCACCCAGAGGGCUUCGGCUACCUCAUCCCUCGACCGUCAACAGACUACCCCUCUUCUUCUCUCGGCAUGCUGGGCACCGUCUUCGACUCCUGUGCGCUCCCGUCCCAGGAUAAACCUAUCUCACCCUCCCCGUCUCCAUUCCGCUUCACCAAGCUUACCGUCAUGCUCGGCGGCCCGUAUGGCCCGCCCACCCCCGCUCCCUCCUCUCCGUCGUUCCUGCCAGCCCUCCUCGAGACACUCCGCCGGCACCUAGGGCGCGCCGAUCCUCUGCCAGAACCGUGCCUCGUCCGCGUGCGCGAACACAAGGACUGCAUCCCGACACCGACGGUGGGACAUGCCGUGCGCAUGGCGGAGCUCGCGACGGCGGUGAGGGAGCACUGGGGCGCCAACGUUGCUGUGAUCGGCGCGGGCGUCGGGGGCGUGAGCGUGGGUGACUGCGUCGAGGGCGGAAGACGUGCCGCCUACAGUCUUGAGCUGUAG